GAGAAAAACUUUGGUCACUUGUGCGCAGCGGGGUGCCGACGGUCGAAGAGAUCAAUGCCUGCCCGACAAAAGCUCCUCCUCUCGUCGGACGGCACACAGAUAUGGGCCGAAGAAGCGGGGGAUCCUACGAAACCUGCCCUCGUCUUCAUUCAUGGCCUGGCCUGCACUGCGUUGGGAUUCAACGCGCAGUUCACCGAUCCAAUGCUGCUCAGUAACGCGCAUCUGGUGAGGUACGAGAUGCGAGGGCACGGUCGAAGCGGAAAGCCAGAGGACAUCGAGGCAUAUCGAUCCCUUCGGCAUGCUGAAGACUUUCGUGCCGUGUGCGAAGCGUUUGGUCUUGUCAGGCCGAUUGUGCUCGGGUGGAGUCUCGGCGGUAGCAUCCCAGUGGACAUCGUCCGAUACUACGGGCCAGACUACAUCGCAGGCAUCAUCUACAAUGGGGGUGCCGUCCUCUCUCUAAAGCUCAACGAGGAAUGCUGGCACCCGUCCUUCCUUGCGCUGAUUCCGUUGAUAUGCUCUCCGGACGCCCAAGUAGCAGCAAAGUCAGCGGUACCAUUCGUCGAGUCCUGCUUUGCGGACCCAGCGUCGCUCAGCUUUGAGGUCAAGAUGGGCCUUGUCGGCGGAUUCGGGAUGCAGCCGCCCAUCAUCCGCCACUACUCACUGACCCGCGAGCAGGACGACAGUCUGUGGCGCGAGACCGCGCGGAAUAUCCCUGUCCUCAUCGUGCAGGGAACGAAGGAUACACACUGUCUGUAUGAGAGGAUGAUCGCGCAGGCGAAGGAAAUCUAUGUGGACAUGGAUGUGAAACUCAUACAGGGAGUGGGGCAUGCACCUCAAGCUGAGGCACCGGAGGAGACAAAUCGGUACCUACUGGCUUUUAUACAGCGCGUGUCUACCAAGUAAUGCAUACCUGGUACCGUCCAUCUGGCAACCUGGGGAUCUGGCUUAUGUUGUCGCUCUUGGAUCUACUUGACAAAUCUGAGAUUCCAUGACGGUUGUACGCGUCUGUCAGGUGACCGCGUUGAUCAUUG